UAAAGGUGAAAGAUUGUGUAGGUCAUGUUCGGUAACAGUACCAUUUGAACUGCAGCUGAAUAAUCUUCCAUUAUACCAUCCAAGUCCUUCGACACUACUGUCACAUAUUAAUGUUCUGUCGACGUGAGGUUUGUUAGAUAUGUCCCAUAUUUCGAUAGAAGCGUUCGACCUGUGGAGACAAAAACUCGGAUAUCUGUUUUGGAGAGAAAUAAAAACAAAAUAAUUGGUAGGUACCUUCCAAUCGCUAAUUUAUGUGUUUCACAUUCGACGACCAUACAUUGAAUUGAAAGGAGUUCAGGUGAAAAAAAAUUCACCUUGUGUACGUCAAAAGAUCCCAUUUUGUUUUAAAAACUAAAUUUUGAUAUGUUUACAUUUUAAGAAGCAUGUAUACAUUAGAAAGUAACAUAACCUUACAUUUUUGUAACGAGAUCGCUAUAGAUAAUGUAAUAUAGAUAAUAGAUUUAUUAUCACAAUAAUUCUAAUGAAUUUAAUAUGUUUAUUAUCUAUGGUAGUAUGGUUACCUCUGGAAUAAAUAAAUCGUCGAGCAACGUUUGGUCACUUUAUCCAUCGUAAAUAGACUGCAUCGGCAUCGUACACAGUAAAAUUAUCUGUGAUACCGGUAGGCGAAUAUGAAUACGCAUUUCACUUCAACAGAUUAGGUGGUAUCUUUUUCGUAGGUAGACGGUAGUGUUGUUAAUUGAACAUUGAAGUCUGUUCGCUCGAUUUUCCAUAUUUAUUAUUUAAAAAUAUUUACGCGCAGUACUCAAAUUACAUUUUAAAAUAGGUGUAUAAAUAAAGUAAAAAUCAAAAAUAAUUUUUCAUUCAGUCAUGUUUUGCAGAGCUUUCUCAAGAGCUGGUAAGUAGUUAUGUUUGUACACAUUAGUUAUUCAAUAACGAUAAUAAUCAUAAAUGAAAAUCUAGUAUCCAUUCUGAUUCGAAUAAUUUAUAUUUUGAACUCUUCAUUGUUUUAUAUUAUCCUGGCAAUUUAAAAAAUUAUAUGAACUGUAAAAUACGAAAUUACCGUUUUUUCGUGUUUAUAUUAAUUUUAAUUAUAUAAGUAGUACUAAAGUGCCUAUUGUUUAAAUAAUCAUUAUCAUAAUUUUAGUCAGUUACAUAAUUACUUAGUAAUAGAAAAUAAAAAAAGUAGGUCUUAGGUUAGUACUUUAAAAUUACUCUUUAGUUUACUAUAUACAAUUAUAAGUAGGUACCAGUAUUGAUUUCAUAGAAGUUAAAACAAAUUAUAAAAUCAAUGCUUCUAGGUACCUAGUACUUACUAUAGACCUGCAACUCUACAAGGGACAAGCUUGCCCGGUUUAGUUCUCAAAAAGCCUGGCUUGUACUAUAUUGGAUUGGGCCAUGGGUCUUAGAAACAUAAAAGAGUGUUGAAUUGAACUUUUUUUCGUUCGAUUUGUAGGGUCAGGCCAGACUUCAAAUAUUGAACCAAAAAUUGGCCUGGGUUUUUUCAUAGUCAUGGAAUAUUAUUAUGGGCCGGGUCGACUUACUUUAAGUACAUCUAACUUGACUUAACCUAACCUUAUUUUUAUAGCAAAGAAGUUUUAGUAUAGCUGGUCGUAUAAUUUAUAGGCAUCCUUGGCAACAUGAAUGAUCAUUUGGUUGUCAUUGGCAAGAAAAAUAUUAUUUAUAUAUAUAUAUUUAUUCUAUUGUAUUUGUUACUGUAUUUUUAUAUAACAGACAACAUUAGUUAAUUAUGAUAGGGAUAUCGGUGGAAACGGGAAGUCUCAAGGAAAUGUGUUUUAAAAAAAUAUAAACAUGCCUAAACUGAAUUUUUAAGGAAGUGAACAAAUUACUUAUAGAAUUUUAUGUUUUCCAUCUUUCUUUGAAUUAAUUUAAAUGCAAAAUUAUAUAAUUAACAAACCUUAAAUUUCAUAUAUAUUUAUUUAUUAAGUCACAGGUAAUAAAACUAUAUUUUUGUACUACUAAUUUUUCUAAUAAAACAUUUAAUUGAAAAUAAAAGUGACCCAGACAACACCAAACAAGACAUCUAGUAUAAUAUAUAAUAGAGUUAAUUUUAAUACUUAUUUAUAGAUAUUAUUAUCACUAGUACCUAUUGACUGAUUGUAACAUUCUAUGUGAAAUUAAAAUAAGAGAACUAUUUGUAACAUUUAGAUGCACUUUUUAGCGAGUUAAAUUAUUGAGUUCUAAGUAACAAAUAAUUUUAUCAGAGAAAAAUUAAUUGAAAUGUUUAAUUUCUUAUUAAAAUUUGAAUUAAAUUCCAAUUCCAGUAAUAAUAAUAAAUUUUAUAGUUCAUAGUUACUUGAGUGUAUUAAAAACCAAAAUACUAAGUAUUUAAAAAGUUAAGAAACAAAAAUAAACCUAGUGCUUUUUAAAAUAGUUAUAAUAAUUGUAUCCAUUAUAUUACCUACCUGUGUAUUAAUUUUUAUUUAAUAAAGUAAAAAAAACCUAUUUAUAAUUAUGAUAAAUUAUUAUAAUAAAUAAACCACGGCAUAUUAUAAUUUUAUUACCCAUUAUUUGUAAAAUGUAUUAUCUUUAAUCACAUAAAUCCACCGUCAUUAAUGGCAUGUGUUGAUACUUUGGUUUUUAUUGAUUUAUUAAUUUAAAGUUUAUUUUAGAUAUUAUUAUCUAUAUUUUUUUCCAUUUAUUUUAAAAAACCGGUAAGUAUUAAGGUAUGCACACACUACUAUGAAAAAUAGAACAAUAAUGGUAACAAAAACAUUUGCUCAUGGUUUUAUAAAGCAUAAUUUUAACACUAUCAUACAGUUACCAUACCAUUUCCACAGAAGUGCAUGCAUGUCUUUAUAUCAAGUUUUAUUAUAUGUAAACUUUACUAAUAUAUAGGGAUCAGGACUUGUUAACUUUAAUAGUAAUAAAGUAAAGUAUAAAUUAAUUAUAACACAAUUGUUUCUGUAUAGUGUGUUUUUAAAAAAAUGUUUAAGUAGUAUAUUUAUUAUUUGUAUAUAAGCAAUAAUAUAUUAUUCAAAAUACUAUUUAGAUACAUUUAAAUUUAAAAUUGAUAUAAAUAAUAAUCUACCAAAUAUUUAAAUUAUAUUUAGUAUUCAAUAUCAAAUUAAUACUAUUUAGAUUUAAUAAAAUGUUCACAAAUUGUAUGCACUAAUAAAUAAAUUAUAAACUAUACAUAUUUAAAUAGGGGAAUUGAUAAGUUUUUUAAUUAUUUAACUUUUAGAUUUUGAGUUUAGUGAAGAAUGUAUUAAUUUUACAAAGAUAUAUUUUUUUAUAUUGUAUAUAAAUAUUCUAUCAGAAAUCUUGCUUCGAAGUAUCAAGUAUACUACAUUUUCUGAAAGGGAAUUUUCCUGGAGUGAUAAUUUAGAGGGUUCAUAUUUUGAUUUCUCAGUUGUUUUCAUAAUAAAUAGGAAAAAACAUAGGAAAAACUGGAAAAUGUACGAAAUGUUUUAUUUUCAAAUCGUAAAUAUUAUGGCCUUUUAAAACAUGUUUAACUAAACUUAGGUGAGAAUCGUCUUUCGUUAGCAAAGAUUAAUACGUACAGAUGUUCUCCUCUAUAUCCUAUCUUCUCAACUUCUCACUUACAACAGUGGUCUAUCCAUCUUGCAAAAUAUGUCUGUCUUUUUUAUAUUUAUAUACUCCCAUAUAGCAUUCUAUAUUCUUAUCAAAUGCUAUGAAUAAAAUUUUUAGGAUUUUCAUGUAUAUUAUGUAUAUCUGCUAAUUCCUGUAAAUAUUCUUAGAUAAUAAUAAUUAUGUCAUCAUAUUUCACUCCUGAUGUACCAUACAUAUGCUCUUAGAAUCUAAAAUCAUAUUAAUUAGAUAUCUGAGGAAAAAUAUAAAAGAUUGUCCAGGAAUAUACUAUACAUAUCCUAGAACAUUUUUAUUAGUUAUUUAAGAAAAUAACUGAAAUAUUGUUGAGAAAUAUAUUGAACAAUUCAUACAAUUCUUAACAUAGAUAUUUAUGAUGUAAAUUAUUUUUUGUUAUUAUUUUUAUUUAACAUGAUUUUACAUUAUUAUAAAGUUAUAAUUUAGCUAAUGAACAAAUAAUGACAGUUUUCAAGGUUUUAUUAAUUUUCUCUAACAAUACAUUUUCAUAAAUAUUGGGAAGCUAAAAACCCGAGUAGAAACUAUUAAAUUCAAAAUUAUUGCGUUUUUAAAUAAUUGCAAUUUAUUAAUUAUAUGAAUAUCUUGCAAAAUUCGUCAAAUGUUGUAAAGGUUUUGUUAUUUUGUUUUAACGUUUAAUCUAUCUAUCUAUAUAUUUAUUAUCUAUGAUUUAGUUUUAUACAGUUUUAAUAUAUAUACAUAUAUAUAUAUAUAUAUAUAUCAAUUGUACUUUUAAAAUUUACCAAACCUUUAAUUUUUAUGUUAAAAGUAAAAAUGUAAUAAAUAAAAUCAUUUUUAUUAUAAUUUGCAACAAAUUAAUAUGAAAAAAAAAUAUCUGAUACUGGGGACCGGUAUGCCAAUGUUGUAGGUGGGAAGUAUGGAAGGUAAGAACAUAACAUUAUUUAAUUUAUACUUGUACGCGACGAUCAAACAUUGCUAACGAAAAAAGAUUUGCAUCGAAGUUCAUUUAAACAUGUUUAAGGCAGAAAUAUUUACGAAUUUUGUCAUAAUUUGAUUUUAAAACUUAUAUUUUGUUUUAUUAAACCACCUGAAAGCUUUUAUUAAACAUGUUUGGAGUCCCAAUAGAAUGGCCCCGGGCCUUAGUCUAAGAAUUUUAUACUUAGUCGUAUGGUAUUCAGUAUAUGAGGCACCUAAUGUUUUGAGAAUUUUCAAGUAGUUGAAUUGCUGCUGAGUUGAUGUGUUAAUCCAGCCUUAUCUCAUAAUUGCGGGCAAAUUUGGUAAUCUCGUCCUGUGCAAGAGUGAUGUUUUGGCAGCGUUGAAUAAUUUCAAUGUUGGACUUGCUGGCACAACCCCACAAUUGUAUGACAUAAGUCUAUAUUGGUUUAAUUAUCAUUAAUAUAUGUACAAUAAAUGUUUGUUUACAAAGUCUAAUUUGAAAUGUCUUCUAAUUAACCAGUACAGUUUGCGCAUUUUUUCAUUGAUUUGUAAUUCUUUUUGACAGACAUGAUGUUUCCAAUUCAGGUGGCGGUCAAAGUACAUUUUUCUAUAUUUUUUUUUUCAAUUAUUAUGAAAACCACUUGGAAAAUUAAACAUUUUUUUUUUAAGAGUUUAUAUUUUGACAAAAAUCGUAAAUAUUAAGUCCUUUCAAAACAUGUAUAAUCGAACUUCAAUCAUAAUCAUUUAUCGUUGGUUACAGUUAUAAAUUAAAGAAUUGUAUGUUUCCCAUCUUCCCAACUACCCAACUUCAACAGUGGCCGCACCCAUUCCCAGUAUCGGCUCUUUUUUUUUAAUUGCAUUUUAAUGUUGACAUUUUGGGUUGAAGGAGAGUAGUGGAGUAUCAUUUGUGUGGCGGUAUGGUCCCCGGUGUGUAAAAAUGCACCACUAGUCUCCCCCAACCCAAACUUAAAAGUGGAAUAUUUUGUCAACUGAUUUACGGAAAUCAAAAAUUUCAACAGUACAAUUUAUUUGAACUAAUAUUGAAUUUAUUUAUUCUAUUUAUAGAAUUUUUAAUAUAGGUUGCCAUUGAAAAUCAAAAGUAGGUAUUGGUUUCACUUCCACAUAUAAGGGUGACAAAAAUAAGAAAAAUAUAAGAUAAAAAUAUAUACUUCACUAAAAUGUGAGUACCCUGGUAUAUGUAAAAUUAUUUUUUGGAUGUACUUAUACGGCAGUAGUUCUCAACCAGGGUGACAUGGAACAACCGAGAAUUUUACACCAGAACAACGGAGACAGGGGGGGAAGGCGACUUAUCCCACAGUAAUUAUUUUGUGGAAGCUGGAUCAUCACGGAAAAAUAACAAGAUUUAAAUAAAUUCAGAAGUCUAUAAUACAAACAUAAAAAAAGGCAAAGGAUAUUUAAUAUUUUAAAUAAGUAGGUUUAAACAUCUUCGAAUAAUUUGGGUAAUCAAUGUUUGACAAUAGUUUAUCGUUUCCUACGAAAAGAAAUUGCAUUAUUUUAGACUAUAGUGAUGACUGUAAAUUUAGUUCUACGUAUUACCAUUGAUCAUAAACAGUAUUAUAUUGUAAUACAUUUAAUAUAAAAUACUAAUUAGUAUUUAUAAUCAACGGUAUUUCGAAUACACUCCUGCUGACUCGACAUUUUGCCGCUACCGUUUUGUCUCAGGGCUAUUCGCCACUGGUCAUUUAACAAUAGUUAUGUACUUAGAAAUUGUUAAUGGUAAGUGGGUCAACUUUUUUUUACCAAACAAAUGUACUUAUUUAUGUUAAAAAUGUUGGAAGAUAGUGUAAUCUAAAUUGGAUGUUCCAACUUAGUUUUUGAGUUAUACCAUUUUGAAAUCUAUACAUGUGUGUUAUGUUAAAUAACUCAAUAUUGCAUUUUUUAUAUUAUAUUGUUUCUUGUAGUCAAGUGGUGAUAUGUACCUGUUGUCUAUCUAGAGGUGUCAAAUCUGUGCCCUUGAAGUUUUUUUUUCACUUUUUUUAAAAUAAAAAAAUGUCAUCAAAAACAUUAUUUUAGAUUUAAUUGGUACCCCAUAUGAUAGUAAUUAUUUCUUGCAAAAUUCAUUUUUUUUUACCCUGUGACUUGUGGUGGUGUUGCAUAGUAAAUUGAGGGAUAUUUUCAUUUUAAGCUGUCCAAGCGAGUGAGUUACUAGCGUUACCAACGAUGUAGACUAUUAAAGAUGACUUUUUUUAUAAUUUUUAAAUUUUUAAUGCAAAAUGUGAAUAUAGAUCAUGAACAUAUAAUAGUGGAGAACAUAAUAAAUUUAAUUAAUUUUAUAAAAUAAAUAGUAGUGACAAAUCGCAAUAACAUGAUUGAUAUACUUUCAGUAGCUAAAUUGAUUUAAGGUAAGUAGUAAAACAGGAAAGUAUAUUUUAAUACUUAUUACAUUCAUACUUUUUCAAAUCACGCAAUAUUUUUAACAGGUUUUCAUAGUGCUAUAUUGGUAUUUUCAUUUACAAUGAGUUCUCUUGAAAUUUUAAGUACUCUUGUCCAUUGAAAAUCUCUAGUUGGCAUUAAAAAAUUUUGGCCAUCUGUUAACCCUUUCUAAGUUCAAAACUACUGUUAAAUGACUGGCAGUGCAGUGUUGCCGGAUUAGGAUUUUUACUCCUGAAUUUGGGAAUAUUGUUUCUUACUGGAGUAAUUCUUAGCCAUAAAUGUCUGGGUAUUUUCUUAGAGUGCCCCCGCAGUCAAAAAAUCGUUAGGUCCCUGAUGUGUCAAUACAUCAAAUAUCUAUGUUCAAACAAUUUUCUUCAUCCCUAGUCUAUAAGUAUAAUUUUUUAUAAAGACUAAACUGUUAAGGUAAUAUUUGUAUAAUUUAUUUAUUUUAGAUGUGUCGUGACGUCUAGUUAUUACUUAAAUUAACGGAAUGGAUUACAAUAAAGAAUUCAAUGAUUUGCAAACCUGCAUGCAGUUUUUCAAUGUUGAUGAAGCAUCAAAACUAAUUUCUAAUGAAAACUUUGUUUUGUAUAAUGCAGCAAAAAUAAUACAAUUACUUGGAAAAGGGUUAACUGAAGACAAUUUGAGAAAUAAACCAUACUACUUCAGAUUUUGCGAAGAAACUUUACUUAAAAUUGCAAAAACUGAAGCUUGUCAAGAUUUACAGAUAAUUUUUGAAUUUUUUGAAUUAAUUGAUAGAAAUGAUUGUAAAUUAUCAUCAUCUGUUUUAGCUGCAGUAACAGUUUUGGAAAACAUAGAAUGUCCAAGUCGGGUAUACUUAGAAUAUUUGUUAUAUAGUACUUUUAAUCAUUUGAAUGGAAUGGACGAAGCCGAUUUAAAAGACAUUUUAUUAAUCAUUAUAAAUCAUCUAAAAAGAUUAAACAAAUAUUUUCAAAAUGAUCCAUCAUAUUUAUAUUAUUUUGCCAGAGUGGCUUUCUUAGUAUUACGUGCUAACAUUGAUCCAAACGAGUAUGUAAGUGAAUUGUCUAAUAUUAUUUAUGAUCCGUUUUCUUUACUUGAACUCGAUUUUGAAGAAAAUGCAGAAGAAAAACUAUAUCUCGUUUCAUUUUUUUUCUUAUACUUCAAAACUGAAACACUAUGGGGACCGAAAAUUUACAAUCGGUCAUAUAUUUUGGAAAAAUGUUUUAAUUUAUCAUUGUCUGUGUAUAAAAAUAAUGCAAUAGGAAAAUCAUUUACCAAAUUAAUUAUUUUUAAAUAUAAAGACAAUGAAAUCCCAAUACAUAUGUUGAGUAAAUUACACAAAGAAUUUAUUGCAGAUGCAGAAUACAACUCAAUUUACAAUGAAAAUUUGAUUGAUAGACAGGAAUCAUUACAAAUACUGAUGAUGUACAUAGAUAAAUUAUGCUCUGGUGCUCAAUAUAUAUUUUUCAAGUAUAUAUUUUCAAACUCUAUAAACUCGCACAUUAAAGCAGAAUUGAUUAUAAAAAUGAAACAAUUAUUAUUUUCAAAAAUAAAAUUAAACCUAGGUAUUAAAUACUUUCAAGGAAUACGACUUUUAGAAUUAGUAAGAUUAUGUUGUGAUAUUCCCCUUGGACAAAAAUGUGAUAUUUUAGAAAACAAAGAAUAUGUUUUGUCUGCUAUAACACUAGUGUAUGUAUUAUAUUCAUACAAUGGAAAUGAGUUGAAAAUGGGUCAAGAAUUUUCAAAUGUAGCAAAACAAUUAGUGGAGACUGUUCAAUGUGCCAUUGAUUACACAUAUGAAUCUAUGGAAUUGGAAAAUUCACGGUUUGCUAAUAUGCAUUUGAAUGAAAAAGUUGAACUGAAUAUUCCAAAAUUGUCAGAAAAGGAAAAGAAGGAUUUCAUAUUACAUUGUGAUACAACUAUUAAAUUGGUGCAGUCAAAUUUGAACCUUCUCAAAGGGAUUAUCAAAAACCAAUAGUUUUCUACAAAAUAAAUUUGAUUUUAAACAUUUUUUAAUUAAUUUUGGAAUUAAAAAUAUUUUCUUAUUACAAAAAGUAAAAAUAAUAUUUGUAUGUUUUUUUUUAUAUUUAUAGCCUGGUAAUGUACAAUAGAUCUGUUUAAAUAAUGCAAUUGUUGUUAUUAUUGUAGCUUUCAACAAUAUCAGUUAUUACUAAAAAUGUUGUUACAUAAUAUUUUCUAUCUCCUUUUUUUACAAGUAAUUUUGAAUAUCAAGCAGAAAUAAAAUUCUAGAAAGUAUAUUUCUUAACAAAAUCUUUAAUACUAUUCAGAAAAAUCAAAUAAUUUAAUUAAUAGUAGGAACAAUAAUUUAUUAUUGUUACUUACAAAACUUAAAUAUGUGAAUAGUAUAAUUUUUAAAAAAAAAUCAAGUGUAAUUCUUUGAAAAUAUUAGUGUUUAUAAGUUUAAUAAUACAUUAAUUAUAAUCUUUAUACAAUUUUUAUAUACAUAAAUGUAUUUGUUUUGACUGAUCUAUCAACACAUAACUAAAACCACUGGGGUUAGAAACAUUAAAUCUUGAAUAUAAGUGACUGACAUCCACCAACAAUGAAUUUUCAAAAAUUGUACCUUUAUGGGCAUUAAAUAUGGGAUAAAUGUUUUUAAUUUUAAACCAACAAUAUAUAUUAUGUAAGGAUUUUGUUUGGAAACUCCACACAUUGGGGGGGAAAUUGGAGAUAAAAGUUUGUAUGACACAUUGAUUUGAGUCAAAACUGCUAAAAUAAGUAAAAAACAAAAAAAAAAAAUACUGGAUAGUAGUUUCAUUUUAUAAUGUAGAGAUUUACUACAAUGGGGUUCUCAAAAUUUAACCUUUAAGGUUGUCAAAAGAGGUACAAUUUUUUGAAGUGAGAUUUCUUAGCACCUAAGUAUUUUAACCUAGAGCAACCAUUCCUGCAUCAUUAGACUGACAGGAUCUAAAAUCAAUUGUUGUUAAAAAUUGGGAGAAGCCGUGGGAAAACAUUUUUGUAGUAUAAUAUAGUAAAAUUUUGCCUAUUAUUAUUGAUAAUGUAUAUUCAAUAAAGAAAAACAUACUAAAAUUAAGUGGAAUCAGUUAGUAACUUUUUCAGUGCAUAAAUAUGUGACAACUAAUAAUAAUAUGAUUGUAUUUAUUAAUAAGUACUUGCCUAAGUAUGUAAAAUGUACAUGCGCUCAAUCAGGCGCAUCCCUAAGAUGAGAUGGGCGAUCGCUUCCCUCCAUAAGCUGUAUGAUGUUCUUUUUUGUUAUACAAAAUAUCCAUAGUUCUUAAGUACAAAUAAGUAAAAGUGUAUCUGGUUUUAAAUACCAUAAAGAUGAUUCCAGAUCUUAGAAAUACUUUUAUUGAAACAAGAAUGAUACACUUCUCAAUUAUAAAUUUCAGUAUUCUUCAAAGGUGGAUAGAACCAUUGAAAACUAAGUGGAAAUAAAUUUGCAAAGAUAUAAUAUAUUUUUAAAAUUAAAAUUGUAAAUAAUUGAUUAAUUUAAAUUUUAGAUUCUUAGUGUAGCAAAGAAUGUAUCUAUUAAAUUUACAAUGAGUUUUUUUUUUUUAACGGUGUCAAAAAUUUCCACCAAAAAUCACGCUUCAAUAUGUAAGUAUAGCACCUUUUUUUGAAAGAAAAUAUUAUCAUAUUGAUUAUAUCAUUGAUUUUUCAUAAUAUCAGGAGAACCUAGGAUAAAACUUAAGAAAAACGGGAAAAUUUAGGAAAAUAAAGCUCUUAUUAUUUUCAAUUUUGUUUUUUGUUGUAAUUCAGUUAAAAAUAUUCGUAGAGAAUUGGUAUUUGGGUAGAAAACUUAUAAUUGCUUUUUCUUGACAUGUUAAAAUUGUUGAAUAAUUUUAUUUUUGCGAGUUUUGUACGUAAUUUUUAUUUGGUUGGUACUCUGUGGUUAAAAUUGUUAGACUAAACAGAAAUAAAUACUUGCGAAUUUAACACAAGGUCCAUUAAAAGUCGUACUUUAUGGUAAAAAAAUGUUGAGCUGAGGCUAACUGGCAUUUAAAUAAAACUUACUUUUAAAUAUUCAUCAAAAUGAAAAUAUUAAUAUAAAAAAUACUUUUGAUUAAAUCGCUUGCAAAACGCUGCUUAAAAUAAAAGUAUUUUGGACUUGGUCAUCUAACUUUUAUUAAUUGUUAUUAUUAUUUGUAUUAUUCAUAUUAACAACAUUUUAAUUAUUAUUUAUUUAAUGGGGCAAAAAUAAAUUUAACUUUAAAAUUAUACUAUUUUACUGCAUUUGUACAAUAUAUCUGCAGUCUUUUAGGCUAAUAUAAGUUAAAAUGAUGACAUAAAGGUUUUUAGUUUUUGCUGACUAAAGCGAUGGUAUUCAAGAAUAAAAAUUGUUCACUGCCUCCUCCAUAAAAUUGACCCGAAGACGCCCCUGAGCAAUACUAUUAACCAAGCUUCGUUCAGAAUCGUUUUUUGUUAGCAAUGCUUAAAUUUAGUGAGAUACAUUAAAUUUCUCUCAAUAUCCUAUCUUCUCAACUUCUUAUCUAUAACAGUGGUCCACCCAUCGUGCGAAGUAUAUCCGUCUUUUUUUUUUUAUCUAUCAUUAAUAUUAAAUUUAAUUAUUUCACCCCCUCCCCCUAUAGUCAAGAACUGGAGACGUCCCUGCACCUAACUGCACACGGGUAAAGCCAGAUAACACAGUGAGUUAUAAAAUAUAGUUUUAAGAUGAGUUUUUUUGGGUUUAAAAAAAAAAAUCAGAACUUUUUGAAAAAUAAACAAACAUUUUUUAAUUUAUUACAUAAUUUUAACUUUGUAAAUAUUAAUUGUAAACAAAAUAUUUCACAUUAUUUUUGGAAAAUUAAAUAAUAUAUUAUUGAUUAAUUUUUAUUGUUUUAAAAAAAUUUUUCUUCUGAUUCAUUAUAUAAGAUUUCAGACAAAUACAAUGACAACAAAAUAUUUGUAUAAAUUAUAUUUCUAAUAAUUAUUUUUAUCUUUAAUACUUAGCUUGUAACAUAAAUUUGUUUUUGAAAAAUACAUCCUUCAAGAAUUUAGUAUAUAAAACCAAUCAUAUGAAUUGCUGUGUAAUUAGUAAUAAACAUAUUAUAGUUAAUAAUUUAAACAAAUACAAACUGCUGAUUCCUUUAGAAAUAUAAAUCUGAAAAGUAUUUUGUCUUUUAAAAUGAUUUGAUUUAUUUUAUUAAUAACCAAAUUAUGUAUUUGUUGUGUGAAUAUACUUAUAAAAGUCAAAUCACACAGUUAUCGAUAACUGUGAAUAUUAUUUACUAAAUAUUGUAUUCUUAUUAGUAGGUUGUAAAAUUUUAUUUUUCCAGAGAAAAUAAAAUAGUAUAAAUAUUAUAUUCAAAGAUAAUGUUACAAUCGACCCGAUGGAUUUAUGCGAAAUUAUUAUUAUUUAUACAUUUUUUUUUCUGAUGCAGGUAAUUUCUCCAAAAUAAACAAUUUGUGUGCAUUUGGUUUGAAAAUAGUACCGAUAAGAUUAUGUAGUAAUAAUGACAAUGGAAAAAUUCCCGAAGAACUAAACAAUGGAUCUGAUAAUUAUGAGCAAGAUAUUAAAUCAACAAUAUUGCGAUCGUCCCUAUCAUAUGUUCCAAAACACGGAUGGUCUAGAGAUACUAUUGCUGCUGGUAUUAACAUUUAGCAUGGCUAUUUUAACAAUAUAUUAAACAAUUAGUUUUGUUUAAAUUAGGAGCUGAUGAGCUUGGUUAUCCAGAUACUGUACACGGCCUUUUCCAGGAUCCUGGGGCCGAAUUGGCAUUAUUUUUUUAUUCGUCAAGCAAUGAUUCUCUAUCUCAACUACUUAAAGACGGAACACUUAAGUGUUCCAAAGAAAAGUAACAACUUAUAUCAAUUGCACUGUUUUUAAUAAUAAUUAUAAUUAGAGCACGGAUUUAUAUUUCCUUAAAAAAGCUAAAAUAUGAUGCUUUUAUUCUCUUAAAAAUUUGGAUAUAUGAUUGUAAUAUUCUUUAACAAGUUGGCUGCCUUUGCAUUUUUGAGAAUACCUCGGUAAUAGCUUUGUGAGUUAAUUUUAAUACUCACUUAAUCAAGUCAAUUACGCUCUGGUUAAAACAACGAGUUUGGUCAUAAAUGCUUUUGGUUUUAUUUAAAUAAAAAUAGAUUUUAAUCUUAUCAUAUCGAUGUUUACGAUAUUCUGAAUAUAUUUUGCUUAAAAUAGAUAGGAUUUUGGGUGAGAGUUAAAUUUGAUGCUUAUAGUAAAUAAGUGUAUGUUCACAAUAUUUUUGUAUUAAAUGUACAAAAUGUCAUAAUAUACUAAAAGUUAAUAUUAGAAUUGUAACUAUUUCAGUUUAUAUUUAGAAUUCCCAAAAUUGUGUGCGUUAAAAUAAUAACAAAUGAUUAUGGGUAUUACGUAAUUUAUAAAACUGAUAAUUCAGAAAAUAAAAUAUCUCACUAUGGUCUGUCCCAGGAGAGAAAGGUCCGCUUCUGCGCAUGUUUUCCCCCUCCACAUAGCCGAUUGUCAUUUCUUUCGUCGUCGGUUUAUGACUAUACUCCGCUAGGAUAUUUUGUAGAAAUUAAAUUAUUAUUAUCAGACAUCGCGCAUCGCACGUUUAUUUACCUUUGCUGUUUUAUAACCUCUUGAUAAUUUUUCAAAUCGUAAACUAUCGUAUAUACAAGCACCUUCUAUAAUAAUCCAGACUUUGUUUUUUUUGUAUACAUAUUUAUUUAUUUAAUAUCUUAUUGAACACUGUAGGUAUAAUUCAGUAGGUAUGAUACAGUAGGUAUAAUNAUUACAAUUUAUCAUUUUUGUCAUAUUGGCGAUAAACAGUGGACUAUCGACAGACAACAGUGCAUUAUUUGAAACGCAGUGUACAAAACCUGUCGAUAGAUCCGGGAGGGAAUAAAUGGAUAGUGUUGCGGCGUGGGGAUGCGCAGUAGCGCUUCAAUUUGGUCGGAGAGCGGACCGUCCUGGGACAAACUAUAGUUAGUUAUUUGUGGUUUGUGGCAUGUCUUUCACUCGUUUAGCGUUUUGAUAUAAUAUGCUUUUGUAUUUCACAAAAUUUAAUUUAACACGAUUUGUUAUAAUUGAUGAAUUUGAAAUUGAAAAUAGUAUUGAUUUGAAAAGGAUACAAAAUUAUUUUCGUGGGAAAUUUAUUUUUUAUUAGCCAAUUGAAUAAAAGAGUAAUAAUAAUAUCCAUUGACAUUGCAUUUUACAAAUUCUUCCCAUAUUUUUGAGUAAUCACUACCCAUUUAACAGUAAAAUUCUACUCAGACAGUCAGACUAUCUGAAGAGUUAAAGUUUAUAACCUAUAACGAGUUUAACGACUUAAUAAAUUAUAAUUUAAAUGAUUAUAUUUUUCUUUAUUAGUUAUCAUUAAUCAGUACGACCAGUACCAAAGAGUCCAAACACUAAUAGAUAAUAAAUGUAACAAUGUAGCAUAGUAUAUGAUUAUAUGAAUAUCAAAAUUCAGAAUUUAUGAAAUGUUUAAUAAAAUUAAAAAAUAAUAAAAUAUUUGUAAAGUGGCAAAGUAAUUUAUAUAAUUUAUAUAUCUUUACCGAUAAAUGACUUACUACUAAUAUUACCGAUUUACAUCACUAAAAGCACGUAGUUGUUUAAGUUUAUUAAUAUCUAUUAUUUAUAUUAACAUUUUUAAAUAUAUUUAGUAUUAUUAUUAAUUAUUAUCAUAACGACAUAAUGACAGUUAUCUACUAUAAAAUACCUACUUUAAACGUAUACUGUAGGAAUUGAUUAAAUAUACAUAGAUAGCCCACGCAACGUUAAAAACUGAUAAUAAGAAAUCGAGGUAAUGGGAGUCCAGAAAUAAUAAUGUGGGAUACUGAAAUCAGAGAUCGCUAGAGUAGUUUUCGAUAGUAACCAUGAUUAUAGUGCUGGCUUGAUUUUUUUCAGUGUUUAUAACAGUUUUGAUUAGCGAUACAUGAUAAAAUUCCAUUUAACCGAUUUAAUGGUUUCAUCUAUACAGACUGUUCUUACUUCUGGAACGACUCUAAUUUAGCAACCACGUGAUUUUUUUGGGUUUUUUUUUCCAAAAUGUGUUUUUUUGCGUGAACAUUAAGAAUGCAAAAAAAAGUCUGGUGAACUUCGUUUGGAAGUUAUGGAAGGAAAUUUCAUAAAGUACAGGUUUUAUUUUUUCGCGUAUUUCUUUGUUAAAAUUUAACAUUCAAUUUUUUUUUCCAAAAUUUGUAUUUUUAGACAUUUAAUCUAUUGGUAUAAACAAAACCUAUCCGUCAUACUUACUUUAAAGUUUUUGUAUAUAAACCUUAAAAAUAGCUUUUUUGGAAUUAAUCCAAAAUGUGGUCAAAAAUAGACAUUUUUUGUAUUAUUAUUAUUAUUAUUUGUAGUUAUUAAUAUUUAGAUAAAAACGUUUUUUUAAUGAAGUCAGAAUAAGUUUAUCUAGCUUAGUUUUAAAGUUACAGACGUUUGAACGCGCCAUAUUUUGCUGCGCUCACUCGGAUAAUUUUAAUCGAAAAUAACCCUCGAUUUGUUGUGUAAAACCAUGACGGGUAAUUAGCAAGGAAAAGUAAAAAGCACAUAGGUGAAAUUAGAGAUCUAAUGUGGUCACUCGCUCUCUCGUCAUUAGAACGUCACGUUUGAACGCGAAUAACUUUAAAACUAAAUCAGAUAGACUUAUUCUGAUUUUCUUAAAGAAUUUUAUUGUCUAUAUAUCAAUAACUAUAAAUAAUAAUAGAAAAAAAAAUUCUAUUUUUGACCAUAUUUUGGAUUAAUUCCAAAAAUGCUAUUUUUUAAGGUUUAUAUACAAAAAUUUUAAAGUAAGUAUGAUGGAUAUGUUUUGAUUUUAUUAAUGGAUUAAUCGUCUAAAAACACACAUUUUUGGAAAAAAACUCAAAAAAUUACGUGGUUGCUAAACUAGAAUUAUGCCUUACUUCUUUGUAUUAUUCUGAAAUGUUAUAAUUAUAAUUUGGUUUAUAUUCUAAUGAAAAAUAUGUCUCGUGGUAGUAAAUGUGUUGUUAUGAACUGCUGUAAAUCGUUACAUUUUCAAUGGGAGGUGAUGUAACAAAUAAAUAUCGUGAAUAAAGAGUAAUAGAGAUAAAGAUAAGAUAAGAGUAAAUGGAGAUAUUGAGAUUAUUCCAAGAAUUCACAUAGAAAAAAAGUUAAUUUUAAAACUUUAUCAAAUAUUUUCUUGUAUAUUUAUAACAAUAAUUUAACAUUAUAAUCGUUGUAUCAAUUUCGUCAUGCCUUUCAGCCCCCCUCCAUCGGAGUUGUUUUUUUUUAUUAUUAUUUUGGCCUCAGUAAAAAAAAAUAAAAAUAAAAUAGUAUUAAAUAAACUAAAUUUUUCUAAAAGUAAAAUGUGAUGUUUAUAUAUCCAUAAGAGAAGACACAUUUUUCUACUAUUUCUUCCAAAUCAAAAAAUAUUAGUUUUAAAUUCAACGUAUUUAUGUUAUUACACUCUGAAUGAAAAAAAAAAGUCCAAAAUAUCAAUUUUGUUUUACUUUGAUAUGCAAAUGAUUGAAAUAACAUUAUAAUUAGGUUUUACGAGGUUUAUCAACAAUAACAUAAAAAGUAAGUACGAUAGGUGAACUCUGAUUUUACCAAAAUGUUAAUUAUAAAAUUACUACCAUUUCAAGUCAAUUGAUUUAAAAGAUUAAUUAAUUAGUAAUAAUAUAAUUUACAAACUUAAAACAAACUCACAACUUAUAAUAUAAUUAACUAAAAACAUAACUUUGCUGUUUUUAUCAUUUACUCAAUCAACGCAUAAAAAAGUUCAGAAAAUAUAUUUGUCGGCAAUAUACAAAAAUAAUAAUAACUUUUGGAAUAUUGCUGCAUGAUUGAUUCCUACCACUGGAAAAAGUAUUAGACGGAAUGGCAUGUUUAAAAAAAAUAAUGCCGAAAGAUGCAGAAGACCUUUUUACAUAUUUCGAUUCUUACUAUUUAAAUGGUACCUAUAGGCGAGUAGGUUCUACUUCUACCUUGCAUUUUCGAAAAAUUCAACCUAUAUUUUUACCUUCUUUGUGGGAUGUUCACAGAACCACUUUAGUAGGGGGCCACCGUACGAAUGAUGUGACGGAAGGGUGGAAUAAUCGAUUUUCAAAAUUCUGUGGACAUACGCAUCCAACUAUUUGGAAAUUAAUUAGAAAAAUUAAAAUAGAAAUUUUCGCAGAUGAAGCAAAAUUAGCUUUAGACGCUGUAGGGGAUUUGAGUAGUAAAACAAAACCAGGGCAAACUGGUAUCUUAGAAAAACGUCUACAAAAUGUAUGUAUCCAAAUACAAGUGGACAAAAUUAGUAUACUCGAUUUUUUAACAGCUGUUAGUCAUAAUAUUAGAAAGAGGUGUGAAUAAUAAUAAUAAAGAGGUGUUUUAAUUAAUUAUAUUAUAAGUUGUAUCUAAUUUUAAAUUGACUGUACCAUUAUAGGUAUACUAUUACAUAGUGUAUAUUAUUACUAAAUUUGUAAAUUGUAUUAUUGUAAUAAUUAUAUAAAGGUACUGUUGUAUUUUUUUUUGUUAUUUAUUAAUUUUUUAAAUUAAUUGAUUUUCCUAGUAUGGGACUUUUUUUAUGCAUAUCACUGAUAAGAACUGUUUAUUUAUUAGUGAAAUAAACGGUUCUUUUUUUCAUUGUCUGGUAAAUGAUAACUAGGUAUCAAAAAUUCGACCAACAAGUGUAUUAACAUCAUUAACCGUAAACGAUAUUAUGAUAAACAGUAAAAUAAUAAUUUUUUCAUUUCGUUCAUAGAUAAUAUAUACAUGAAUAGGAUUUACCAUGUAUUUAAGUGUGAUCGAAGAGCAUACUGGUUACCAAAAUGGUUAUAUUUAAUUAAGGUGUGGUAUCAACCAUAGGUGAAAACGAAUACGACAAAAACGCAAUUUACCGACUACCAGCCGCCUAGCGGUCACCGAAAUAACAAAUUUGGAAAAUAAUAUUAUCCAGAGUCAAAUGAAUAGGUUCUGAUUGAUCUGAUUGAUAAAAAAUCAAGGAUAAAAAUGUUUGUCAUAUACCAGUAUCUGUAACCGCAUAUAACCAUUAUGGUAACUAGUAAACUCUUCGCUCACAUUAUUCCGUGUGUAAUAGGCAUAAGAUGUCCUAUCCAUGUAUAUAUUAUCUAUGAUCGUGGCGCAACCAGGAUUUUUUGAAGCACGUAUCACAUGUCUACAUUAAAAAAAAAAACACACAUCUUUUAACACAUUUAUAUUACUUAGACGUGGACGUAGGAGGUGUUGAAACAUCCAAAACAUCCCCUGGUUGCUCCACUGAUCUAUGACUUCAUUAUUAAUUGUCAUUUAUCAAAUCGUAGUGGCAUUGAAAACUAUCGUACCACGUACCUAAUAAUAAAUUAUUAGAAAAACAAAAAAACCUAUCGCAUGUACAUAAUUUUUUAAUUCUUGUAAAUAUUUCAAUUCAUACAUCUUUAAUUAGUUAAAUAUGCAAAAGUAUGAUUUUAUAAGAAUAUAUUAUCUUAACAUCAAAAUAUGCAUUUAUAUGCAAAAUCAAAUUUUGUAUUCAGAUUCUUUGUAUUGUGAAUCGUUGUCAUAUUUUACUCUUGUGGUUGUGCAUACAUUCAUUAAAAACAUGUUUUACAUAGAAAUUCGCGCUUUAAUUAUAAUAUUUUAUAGUAAUGCAGAGUUGGUGAAAUUCCUGGCUAGCACUAUACAAACUAGAUUGUUAAUGCUUCAACCGUAUUUGAAUCAGUGGCCACAAGCAAUUGCUUUGCUGUCCAAACCGUCAAAUGCUCCUCAUGCCCUCUCCAACCUGAUGACACUGGUCAAUGACAUUUGUUACUAUGCUGGUGAUAGAUCGAUAGAUGUAAGUAAAAUUAAACUAUCUAUUUAAUAACGAACAUAGUACUGAAAUGGAUCCUCAGCUUGGCACUGUAAGAAAUUCAAAUUACUAGUAGUUUUAUCCUCCUAGACUCCUUUCUUUUUGAAACCGAUUUCAUAGUCGUGGGAUGCCCUCAGCUGCUUCACCGACUCCCUGCCCUCUGGGUAAACCAGGAUUAUGUUAUUAAUGGCGAGUCGUAGGUAACUUUUAGUCAUUGGAUUUAGUCGGAUUGUUCUGCUAAUUCAUGUUGUUCGUCUGAUAAUAAAACAACAUAUGUCCUAUAUAUGAUGUUCAUUAUGUGAUCGCGUGGUCGUCGAGCUCUAGUGCUGACUGUGGGAUUUGAUGGUCCGGCAUUAGUUGUAAGUUGAUUUAAUGGAAUUGGUUAUGAUCCUGUUUAUGAGUUUCCCUAUGGUAAUAGUAGUAGCUGGGUGGAUAAAUCAACCCCAUGACAGCAGAACUUGACGUAGACGAGUCCUAAGAAUCUGGGAGGGAUGAUCUGGGCACCCCCGGUUGGUCCUGUUGUAUCAGAUCAUCUAACUAUAUUAAAAUUACAAAAAAAUGUAUAUUAAAAUGUAGAUAUGGACAGUUUAAAAUAUAUUAGUAUUUAUUUUUCAACGCUAAUAUAAAUGCAGACAUUAUAUAUUUGUAUUAUUAUUGGUUUUAUAAUAAUGUUUAUAAUCAUUUUUUUUUUUUUUUAUACCGUGACAAACAUUUCUAUCAGAAAUCUUGCUUUGAUAUUUAAGCAUAAUACUUUUUCUGAAAGGAAAUAAUGUACAAAUAUACUUUAAGUAAUAUAUUUUAAGUAAUUUACGUAUUGUGUUUGAUAAAUAGAAUAAAAAAAAUAAAAAAUGUUUUUGUUCUCGACGGGAUUGUCAAGUAUCAUAAGGUAUAUUAUUUAGGUCACGCGCAAGACGGCACUUAACCGGCCGUCUUUCGAAAUGGAAAGGUCCGGUAAAAUUUUAGUUGUUGACGUAAUUUUGGUUCAAAUAAAACAUGAAAAUAAUAAAUUAAAUAAACCUGUGAUUGAAUUACAAGCGAGCAAUGCAGAAUUACAGAGUGAGUUGUUAAAUCUUUAAUGAGUAAUAUUAAUAAUCCUAAUAAAAAUAAAAACCAAAAAAAUAUGGAGAUAGACAAAAAAUCGGGUCCUAACUCAGGUGUUAAUUUAAGCCCAAAAAAAAUGACAGAAAAUAUUGACAAACAAAUUCCUAAAAUUAAUAAACCACCACUAAUCACAGCUUUAUGGUGUCAAAAAUAUACAAAAAUUGGUUAGUAGACUAAUUUGUGAAGAAGUUCGUGGCCGUGAUCAGCAACUAAAACCAUUGCUAAUUUUAAUAUGAAAAUUCUGAUUGACGAUGAACAUCAAUUUAAACGUAUGUUAAAAGUUUCCGAAGAAAAUAAAAUUGAGUAUCAUAGAUUUUAAUGAAAAAGGGGGAAAAAAAAUUGUGUUGUAAUUUGUAGGUUACAUUUAGAAACUAAAUAUAUGAAAUCAAAAGAGAUUUAGCAGAUAUAAGUCACUCUGCAAGAGAUAUAUCGAAUAUUCAGAUAAAAAAGAAAUCAAACCCAAAAGAUAAAAAUAGUGAAUGAACAAGGAUAAAACUACCCUUGUUUUUUGUAGACUUAGUUCCUUAAGAAAAUAAUAAAGACAUCUUUUAUAUAAAUAGUCUAUGUAAUGAUUAAGUUAAAAUAGAGGAAGAAAAGAGUUGUGCCACGGUGUAAAAACUUUUAGGUCUUUGGGCAUACUCAAAAUUACUGCAAUGAAAAGUCUGUUUAUGUGAAAUGCAACGAAGAGCAUAAAACAGAAUAUUGCUAAAAUUCUAGAAAAUUAAAAGCUAAAUGUGCAAAUUGUAGCAAAGCACAUAUUGCUAAUUGGCAGGGUUGCUCUGCAUAUAAGAGGGCAGAAGAGAGAACACAAAAGGUUUCUGUAUUACAACGUAUUCAGCAGAAACUAGAGAUAACAUAGUCAACCACUAUUGCACAGAUAACCGGAUCUUUUGGUUAUAACGUAACGACAGCAACAACAGAUUAACGAAAAUGACUCCACUUUAACAGAUAUUUUAUCUGCCUUAACUAACAUUACCACAUUAUUUAGUGUCACAUAUAGAUUAGAUAGGUUAGAAAGUCCCCAAUCGUAGUCUAAUAACAUAAAUCAAAAUAAAAAGAAAUGAACCACACACUACGGAUCAUAGCAUGAAAAUCCAAUGGCUUAGUCCAGCGCAAACAAGAACUCGAUGACUUUUUAACUUUUGCAUAGUGAAAAUAUUGACAUUGCUCUUAUUUCAGAAAUACAUUUCAUAUCGUGGACUGAAAAUUUAAUAAUUAUAGCAUUUACAUCACUCAUCAACCAAGCGGUAAAGCACGAAGAGGUACUACUGUAAUUAUAAAAGAGUCUAUAAAGUAUCUUAAGUUUGAUAAACAUUCGGAACUAUACAUACAAGUCACAAGUAUUCAUAAUACAGCGGGCAUAAAGACUUCACAGUUAGGACUAUUUAUUUUUUACCUCAAGGAGGCGUAGAAGAAAUUAAAUUUACGACAUUUUUAAAGAACUAGGAGACCGGUUCAUUGUUGUGGGAGACUAUAAUGCGAAUAACUCUUCUUGAACACCUGUAGAUUCCAAAGGCAGUAAUCGUGAGAUAACUUACCCAUUGGAAAUUAGUGUAUUAGUUCAACAAAAGUGCAAAAAAUCAAUGGAAUCGUAUCAGUAAGUUCCUCCGUGAUGAGAUGAUAGAAGUGAAAAAAUGAAAUAUUUAAAUUGUAUUUAAGUUUAUCUGCUACAUAUAAUACUAAUUAUUCAUUGUGGAAAGUCACAAGGUCUAUGAAAAGACUUUGUAUUCAUGUAUCUCCUAUCGACGAGAAUUAGGCACAUAGUGAACAGGAUAAAGCUAAAAUAUAUGUUCGACACCUUGAGUGUGUUUUCAGCCGAAUAAUAUCGCUUCUGAAUUCGAUAUGAUACAAUGCUAACCACUGAAUGUAUUAGGAGAAAAACUAAUAAUAAACAAAUAAUUAUGUUAUUGUAACCACAUAAGCCACUAGAGCAAGCUCAAUCACACAGACCAAUAUCGCUUCUACCAAGUCUGUCAAAACUCUUUGAAAAGCUUCUCGUCAGAUUAAAAUCACUAAUAGAAAAGAGACGAGUCGUACUUGAUCAUCAAUUUGAAUUCCGGAACAAACAUAGACCAAAUUCAUCGUGUUAUAAACGCGAUUAUCUUGGUUCUAAAAGAAAAAAGUAUUGCUGCGGAGUAUUUCUAGACGUGGCUCAAGUUUUUGAUAAGUUUAGCAUAAGAACUACUCAUGAAACUAUGAGAACAAUUACCGCACACCUGAUGCACACUUCUUGACUGAAUGAUAGUUUUGAGUCAUGCAUGAAGAAACAAUAACAAAUUGAAAGAAUAUAUUGACUGGAGUACCACAAGGGUAGAGUCCUAGAAUCUAUAUUUUAUUUGCUCUACACAGUUGAUAUCCCUAUCAACAACGACUCAAUGACCACUUAGAUUGUUGACAACAUGGCAAUUUUAACAACCAGUAAGUAUCAGCAGGCUGCAACUGAUAACUUAUAGACCUCAACAACAUUUUUAAUUGGACAAGAUGUUGGAAAAUUCAAAUCAAUAGUGACAAGUCAGUGGCAUGUAAAUUUUAUUUUGCGCAAAACUGAGAAUAUUGUAAGUGUCAGUGGAUCACACAAUGAUCCCACAAAAAGAUUCAGCUAAAUACUUGGGUAUGCACUUUGACCACUAUCUGAACUGGAAACAUCAUGCCCAUUAAAAAGAAUUAAUCAAGGAAAAAAUGCGGAAACUGUAUUUGUUAAUUGGAAGAUAUUUCAAACUAGACUUUGUAGAAAAAUGUUUAUUAUACUUAAUGAUAAUUAAACCAAUUUGGACUUAUGUAUAACAAUUGUAGGGUUGUGCCAGCAAGUCCAACAUUGAAAUUAUUUAACGCUGCCAAAACAUCACUCUCCGUACCAUUGUUGCAGCUUACCGGUAUGACAACAUUAUCUACCGUGAUAAAAUGAUCACCUCUCUCCAGGACGAGAUUACCAAGUUUACCCACAAACAUGAGAUAAGGCUGAAUUAACACAUCAACUCAUUAGCAAUUCAACUACUUGACAAUUUUCAAAAUAUUGGUGUCUCAUACACCAAAGACCUAGCAUACCAAUACGACUUAGCAUACAAUUCUUAGACUAAGGCCGAGCCACUCCAUUGGAAGUGGAACUCCACAUGUGUAUUUUUAUUUUUUUUAUAUUUUUGUACAUUUAUACACCUUUUUUAAUGUAUUAUUGAAAAUCUUUGAUUGUUGUAAUGAAUGCUUUAGGAUUACGUUAGGUUUUUUAAAAUAAAAAACUUUACAGACUUGAAAUUUGAACACAAAACUUAUAUUUGCCUUUUUUUUGAUGUGAACAAAUACCUUAAAUAAGAUUGUGCAUACUUUAUAUUUUCAAAUAGGAACCUCCCCCCAUUUUGAACACACAUUUGAAUAAAGUAUAUUUCUGUAGACAUUUUUAUAUGCAUAAGAUUAAUAUCAGAUUUACCAUUUAUGAGUUAUAACAGUCUAAACCUUUGAGAUAAUUGCUGGUUCAUGAUAAAAAAAUUACCCUGUAUUGCUGAUUUAAGAAUGAUGGUGAAGUUAGAAUUGAGCAGACUGACUUAGUUUCGUUUAUGUGGUCACAUGUUGUUUGGGGUUAUAUAGUACUCCACUACUCUCCCCCUACAUAAAAGUAGAAUAUUUUUGUCAACAUGUUGACGAAAUUAAAAUUUCUAACACUAACAUUUAUUUUAACUAAUAUUUUAUAUAUUUAUAAAACUAAAGCUUCUUAUUCGAAAAAUCUAAGUUUGUAUCGCUAUAUGAUAUUCCUUAAAUGUUGUGAAAAUUCUAACAAUUCGAAAAUAUGAGGUUUAACUUUACUUAAAAAUCCAAAAAUCAGAAUUUGAAUAAAUACAAAAUUUAACCAUAAAAAUGUAGUAAGCAUACCAAAUGAAUCACUUUGUAUUCCUUGUUAUCAUUUAUCUUCCAAACGCUAAAAAAAGAAAAACAUAUAGUCAACAACUAAGUAUACAUUUUUAUUUAAUGUUUAGUCUUGUAUUGUUUUAUUUGUUUUUCUUGCUUUCUGUUUGGUCAAUUAUGUAAUUUAUUUCUUUUUUGUUUUAUAGACUCGAUGGUACACAAGGCGAAUAGGCUUGGCCACUAUAUAUAAAUCCAGUGAACUACAUUUAUUACAAGACAGUUCACAAGGAUAUGAAGACACAUGGAAUUUCACCAGGAGGGCAGUUGAAGAAUGUGUUAAGUUGGAUACAAUGCUUGAAAGCAAUGCUCAGCUUGCCAAAGAUGUAGUUACUGCUUCAGUGUCAACAGUAAGUUAUAUAAAAUGUUUUUGUAUACAAAUAAAAAUGUUACAUUAGUUAUUAUUAUUCUUAUUUUAUUAUUUUAUAUUUUUAGGCCAAAAAUAUUUUAGGAUUUUCAUGGAACAGGUAACAGCUUUUCUUACAAGUGUAUAUCAAGUUAAUUUUCAGUGGUCAACUAGUUGUUAUUUGCUUUUUAUUGUUGUAUCCUCUUUUAAUGCUGUAAAAAUAGAAAUAAACAAUUAAAAAAAAUAAAUAC